AAGAUAGUACUUAGCUUCUGAAGCAUGCAUCGCUCUCUUGAAAACAAAAGUGAAAAAGCACAUCAUUUCUCUUCAAGGAACUCCAGAUUCCUCCUCCUUUGCAUUUAUAUAUGUUUUUCUCUUCCUCUUCACCUUCCUCUUCUUCUUCAACACCAGGGGUGCUGAGAGACUACCAUUGCCUGCUUCCUCUUCAGAGACUUUUUUUCUCUGCUUAAUUUCUUAGUUUGUGGAAGGAGGUUUAAAACUCCUCUGCCUUGUUUGGUUUCUUUCAACCAUGACAUAUUUGAGAAUGAAUAUAUGGGUUUUUCAGUCCUUUUUGUUGCUGAUGAAAUGCUCUUUGCUGGUUUUGACAAUUGAAGCGGCGGUACAAGAGAAGGCAGAAACUGCAAUACCAGUGGCAACAGAGUCACCCCCGGAAGGCAAUACAACUUUCAUCGACGGAACAACAUGGUGUGUGGCCCAUCCAGGGGUCUCCCAGAUUGAUUUGCAAAAUGCAUUAGAUUGGGCGUGUGGGCUGGGAAUGGCUGACUGCAGUGCAAUUCAAAAUGGAGGACCUUGUUUUGACCCAGACACUCUCUUGUCUCAUGCAUCCUAUGCUUUCAAUGUUUACUAUCAACAGAAUGGGAAUUCUGAUAUCGCUUGCAAUUUUGGAGGAACUGCCACUUUAACUAAGAACAACCCAAGUUAUGAUAAAUGCAUCUACGCAACAUCCGGAUCUGUAGGCUCUUCAGCACCUCCACUGCCCAAGCACUCUCCUAGCUUUAUUUGGUGGAAGCUUGCUGGGACUUUACUGCUUUUGUAUUUGGGAAGGUGACAGAUAAUGGCUAGUUUGACCUGUUGAUACCCAAACUUUUUGAUGCUUAUGGAAAGGGGAAAAAGCAAGAGCAUGGUUACGUAAGAUUUUGAAUCUGCGAUUUGCCGAGUUAUUCCAAUCGUUAUUGUUGGGCUAGGAAUCUAGAAUCUAUUGCAGUGCAAAUCACUUUUUUGUCUCUCACUUUGAAUUAAUCUUGUGUUUUGGUUAAUGCUUUAUUCCAUCUAUGAAGCAUCAUAUAUUUUUGGAUGUUAAUUAGCUCCUUCAAA